AUGGAAAAACAAGACUCAGAUGGCCCAGAAGCAGGAGAAGAACCUCAUAGCAUCCACCCUGGGAAAAAUGGGAAAUUCUGGGGAAGAUCUGCCCAAAUGAUCAAGAGCGGGGACACCUCCAGCUCAGAUACAGCAUCUCAGCGCUUCAGGCACUUGCGUUAUCAGGAAGCAGAUGGGCCCCGGAAGGUUUGCAGCCAAAUCCACCAUCUUUGCUGCCAGUGGCUGAAGCCAGAAAACCACACCAAGAAGGAAAUGGUGGACUUGGUGAUCUUGGAGCAAUUCCUGGCUGUCCUGCCCCCAGACAUGGGGAGCUGGAUCAGGGAAUGCGGGACAGAGACCUGUUCCCAAGCGGUGGCCCUGGCAGAAGGCUUCCUCUUGAGUCAAGCAGAGGCCGAGGAUCAGGACCCAUCAGAAGGCGCUUUCCUCAAGGCAGAGAAGGCUCCAUUAGACCCUAAACAGGAGUCACUCUUCAGGGAGAUUCCACAAGAGUGUAAUGGAGGUGCUGCUUCCCUGGAGGAGGAAAGGCAGAGAGGUAGGGAACAGCAUGCAAAAAAAAUGGAAACCAGAGCUCAGACGAGGAAGAAAUCCACAGCUUCUGAAGGUUCCAAUUUUCAUGGAAUUCCAGCCCCAAAAGAAAAGCACAGAGAAAAUGAGGGGAACAAAGUUCCUGUAUCAGCCAGUGUCUCAGUUGGUAAACCAAGUAGUGGUGCUCAUGAAGUAAUACAAAAUAGGGCAACUGUGCUCAAAUCCUCAGAGUGUGCUAUGAGCUUCAGUGAAAGCCUUACUUCCCAUCACAGUAUAUACACAGGAAAGAAACUAUAUAAAUGUUCAGUGUGCGGAAAGGGCUUCUGUCAGAGCUCAAGCCUUUCCACCCAUCACAGAAUCCACACAGGGGACAGACCCUACAAAUGCUCAGAGUGUGGAAAGAGCUUCACUCAAAGUGCCCACCUUACUGGCCAUCAAAGAACACACACAGGGGAGAAACCAUAUGAAUGCUCUGUGUGUGGCAGGAGCUUCGGACAUAAGACAAGCCUUAAUUGCCAUCAAAGAACCCACACAGGGCACAAACUGUAUAGCUGCUCAGAGUGUAGAAAGAACUUCAGUAGGAAUUCAUGCCUUACUUCCCAUCAAAGAGUCCACACAGGGGAGAAACCAUAUAAAUGUUCAGAGUGUGGAAAGAGCUUCAGCCAGAACUCAGGCCUGAUUUCUCACUGGAGAAUCCACACUGGGGAGAAACAGUAUAAAUGCUCAAUUUGUGGAAAGUGCUUCCAUCAGAGCUCAAGCCUUACUUCUCAUAACAGAAUCCACACAGGGUAUAAACCAUACAAAUGCACAGAAUGUUCAAAGAGCUUUACUGAUCAUUCAAGCCUUAUUUCCCAUCAUAGAAUCCACACUGGGGUGAAACCAUAUAAAUGCUUAGAAUGUGGGAAAAGCUUCAUUCAGUUCGCACAUCUUACUACCCACCACAGAAUCCACACUGGGAUGAAACCAUAUAAAUGCUCGGAGUGUGGAAAGAGCUUCCGUCAGAGUGCACACCUUACUUCCCAUCAGAGAAUCCACACUGGGGACAAACCAUAUGAAUGCUUAAAGUGUGGAAAGAACUUCAGGAAGGGCUCACAUCUUACUUCCCAUCAGAGAAUUCACACAUGAGAGAAACCAUCCAGAUUCUCAGCAUGCUGAAAGA